ACAAACAAGCGGAGCGCGGUCCUCUCCGUUUCGCCAGAUUCUGAUUCUCCGCCAAGUUGAGCUACACGUCAGUGGGGAACCUGUACUGGUGACCGGACGUGUGCAGCGCGCGUCAGGCGGUUCCCGGAUGCACGGAACGGAGACAUGGAACGGGUAGCGGUGGAAGUGCCGACCAACAACGGGUUCUCGCUCGCUGGCCACUCGACGACCCCCCGGAAGCGGCAGGUGCGCUUUUCAGCCCGCCAUGACAUCAUCCUGCUGCGGGAGGUGGUCGCCCGGAACCCCUUUGCCUCCAAAGAGCCAGGGCGGGUGUGGGCCCGCGUGGGGGAGAUCAUCACCGCGUCGCUCCAGGAUGAGAACUUUGAGGUGGAUGCCAGGAGGUGUAGGGAGAGGACCAUGCUGCUGCUGGACUACUACAAGAAACAAGACUUUCCCAGUCUGCGCCGAUUUGGAACGGAGAGGUUGUACGCUCAAAAGGAAGAUCUGCUCCACGAGGUGUUGGAGCUGGAGGCGGAGAAGGGGAUGCUGGCCGGCGGCGAGAACUCAAAGUACCAGGAGGACGAACUGAGAAAGCGAGCCAUGGAAGAACUAACCCUCCCAGAACAAGACAAACCCAACAUCACCAUCACACACACACACAUUGCAGCAGAACCAGAAGAUGCCGGCGAGGAGAUGGCAGAGGCGCCCACUGCCAAGAGGCCCUGCCAGUGCUGCUGCCAGACCUACUCUGAGAUUCUCAGCUUCCUGGAGAAACGCUCGGAGGCGGAGCAACGCCUACGAGAGGAGGAGCUUUCCCUGCGCAGGGAGGAGCUGGAGAUUCAAAGGAGUAAGAUCUCUCUAGAGAGGGAACGUCUGGCAGCCGAGAGGAAAGAAAGGGAACGGAGAUUUGAGCUGGAGAGCCAAGAGAGGCAGGUGAUCUUGGACCUUUUGAAAGAAAAGGUGCUAAAAGGCUGAAAAAUCUGCAGCCAAUGCCAGCUUCUACGAGAAGUUAACGCGUUACAUACCAUGGAAGAAAAAAAACAUAGUUGACCGCUGAAAACGGGGAAAGGAAACCAAGGAAACAGGAAGUGAAAAGACUAAUUGCCAAUUGCCAGGCAAGUAAAUGGUGGGCAGUAUUGCGGUGGCUCUCCACAUGUAUGCAGGAAUAUACUUUAUGUGUGUCUGGUGCAGUGUAUGGUGUUUGAAGGCCGCAAAAUGUGCAUAAACCAGCUGCAGGUAGCUGAGCCGUCCCAGUGGACACCCUCCGACUUGUAUUCCUUACGGCCCGGGUGCACAAAGAGUUAAAAAGCGCUGAGACCGCUGGAGUGUGCUCUGAGGGUGUGGUGCUUGUGUGUUCGGUGAGCCAUUUACUGACAGACUCCGUUUCUCAUCAGUCCUGUUGGCACCGUGUUCUGUUCUGGUGCCAGCAUGAAAUUAGGAGCUAUGAAAAAAGCACCUUAUCGUGCAGCUCAAGCUCAAAAUGUACCAGGACGAUAAAAUGUUUUUGUUUAGCAACUUCUUUUGUAGGUAUUUUGGUUAAAAGAAGAAGUAUAACUAUAUUUUACUGUGAAUCCACUGUGUAUUGUUUGGUAGUGAUUUAUUUAUUUUUUACAAACAAUACAUCGUCCACGUCUAUAUACGUCCUCAGUUUUAUUUGUCUGAAAAAGGUAUAGUUAACAGCCAUUGGUCUCAUAUAUAUGGAAUUCAUGGAAACGCAGUUUCAUUUAAUGACAUUUGCUCCCGGACUUCUGUAUAUUUUUUAUUAAAAAAUGCUAUUUUUCUUCAAGUCCACAUGACAUUUUUAACCUAUGCUGUAUAAAAUGAAACUAAAAAAAUAAAAAUACAUGAGCAUCAAAGAAUGUGUCCCAUUCCUACCCAUCAAAGAGCUGAUAGUUGAAUGAUUCCAGGGGUGCUCCCAUUAAAUUCCUUUUGAUCUUUUGUUAAUGGCAUAACUGUCCACCAAAUGUCAUUUAGGUAGGUUUCUUUUUUAGAUAACCUAGUAAACUACACAAAAACAAGAUCAAAUAGACUUCAUGUACUGUCUGUGAAAUUAGAUCUUACAUAUAUAAUGUGUUCAGUU